UUUUUUUCAGUGUCACUGGUUUUUCAGUUUCAACUUUGUCACCGUUUUUGUGUGGAGAGAAGGGGUCUGACAGGAGGUGGCAAGGAGAGCGUGAUUUACCAGUGUCACUGGUUUUCAGUUUCAACUAACACACAGGAAACACCACUGCAAAUUUAAGCUUUGUUUGUAUACCAGUAUACAUAUGUGGAAAGUUGUAUCUGAGCCUGAAUGUUUUCUGGAAAGGGGUAUUAAAAAAAAAAAGGCUACAAGGUCGUCACCUUAGCUUUACCCUUAUGUGGAAGUUUCCAUGAGGUGUGACAUGACUGUUGCACUGUCCACAUGACCUUUUCUGGGUUGUGUCCUCAUGUCAGUGGGUUCUGGAGAGGAGCCAUUAUCUGGAAAAGGAUCAUGGUGUUAUGCUGCUGCAUGUCACACUGUCAGUUCCCAGUCUCUCUUCUAUGGGACAUACCACUGGACUUCUGCCAGACCGGCACAACUUCACUGCAGGACUUUGUUAUACCGCCUCCCCUCUCUUUUUUUCCCUUUCCAUUACUCCAACUGCCCUCCAUAUUUUUUCUCCUUCCAAAUAUAAAGUGAUACCUCUCAGUAUGUGAGCUCAGCACUUGGGAAUGUGCAUGAGAUGUUGGACAGACUACUGACCCAGAGAAUCUUAGUUCUCCUUUCUUCCCAUCUUUUUUUUUUGUAAGCACACACCACCAGGGUGUGUGUGACCUCUCCCCUGUGAGCUCUCAACCCCAGUCGACCUCCGGUCCCCUCCCUGAGGCCAGACUGUGAUCCAUGGCGCUGAAGAAGCUUCUGGGUUUCGGAAAGCAAUUGCUUAGGGUAAAGGUGGUGAACUGUAACACAGAGGACUCCCGUCUGUCCCGAUGCCUCAACACUUUUGACCUGGUGGCCCUGGGCGUGGGCAGCACACUGGGCGCUGGUGUCUACGUGCUAGCCGGUGCUGUUGCACGAGAGAAUUCAGGUCCUGCUAUUGUGCUGUCUUUCCUGAUAGCAGCCUUAGCCUCAGUGUUGGCUGGUCUGUGCUAUGCUGAGUUUGGAGCUCGUGUUCCCAAGACAGGUUCAGCUUACCUUUACUCCUAUGUGACUGUAGGGGAACUCUGGGCCUUCAUCACUGGAUGGAAUCUCAUCCUCUCCUAUGUCAUUGGUACCUCCAGUGUGGCCCGUGCAUGGAGCGCUACCUUCGACGAGUUGGUAGGCAAGCGCAUAGAGCAGUUCUGCAGAGAGUACAUGUCCAUGAAAGCACCGGGUAUAUUGGCAGAGUAUCCUGACAUGUUUGCUGUUGUCAUCAUAUUCACCCUCACAGGUCUGCUGGCAUUUGGGGUCAAAGAGUCAGCAAUAGUGAACAAGGUUUUCACGUGCAUCAAUGUCCUAGUCUUGUUGUUCAUGGUGGUCUCUGGCCUGGUCAAAGGUACUUUGAAGAACUGGCAGAUAGACCCUGAAGAGAUCCUACAUGCAAAUUAUACCAGUAACUCCAGCCUCAAUCUGACAGACAUCCUGCCAACUAAAGAGAGAUUAGGAGUGGGCGGCUUCAUGCCAUUUGGUUUCACUGGCGUCCUGUCUGGAGCUGCUACCUGCUUCUAUGCCUUUGUCGGAUUUGACUGCAUCGCCACCACAGGUGAGGAGGUGAAGAACCCCCAGAGAGCCAUCCCUAUUGGCAUCGUAUCCUCGCUGCUCAUCUGCUUUGUAGCGUACUUUGGUGUUUCUGCUGCCCUCACCCUCAUGAUGCCAUACUACCUGCUGGACAACAACAGCCCUCUGCCUGUAGCUUUUAAAUAUGUUGGCUGGGGAGGAGCCAAAUAUGCUGUAGCUGUAGGCUCUCUUUGUGCUCUGUCUACUAGCCUGCUGGGUGCUAUGUUCCCUAUGCCUCGUGUGAUCUGGGCUAUGGCAGAUGAUGGGCUGCUUUUCAAGUUCAUGGCUGAGAUCAGCCCCCGCACCAAAACCCCGCUAACUGCAACCCUCACCUCUGGCAUAGGGGCAGCUGUCAUGGCAUUUCUGUUCGACCUGAAGGACCUGGUGGACCUGAUGUCAAUAGGGACGCUGCUGGCCUACACAUUAGUGGCUGCCUGUGUCCUGGUGCUCAGGUACCAGCCUGAGCAGCCCAGUCUGGUGUAUCAGAUAGCAAAUACCCAGGAGGAGGUGGAGCUGAGCGACGGGAUCAGUGUCCCCAGUAUGGGCAUCCUGCCUGGUAUGGAGGAGAGGUUCAGCUUCAAGACCCUCCUGUUCCCAGACAACCCUGAUCCAUCCACACUGUCAGGCUACGCUGUCAACAUCUGUGCCUCUGUCAUGGGAACGUUGAUACUGGUGUUCAGUAUACUGGCAGUGCAGGGAGGCGCUGCUGUGUGGAACAUCAUAGCCCUUAGUGUCAUCUUCAUGGUGUGUCUCUUCCUCACCUUUAUCGUCUGGAGACAGCCUGAGAGCAAGACAAAACUUUCCUUCAAGGUUCCUCUGCUACCCUUCAUUCCAGUGAUCAGCAUGUUUGUCAAUGUUUACCUGAUGAUGCAGCUGGACAGAGGCACUUGGUUACGAUUUUCUAUCUGGAUGACUAUAGGUUUAGUGAUCUACUUCUGCUAUGGCAUUCAUCACAGUGCUGAGGCCGCUAUGGCCCGCUCGACUCCAGACACAGAGAUGAACGGCUUCAAGCACGACCACAAUUCCGCGGCCAUGUCACCAGAAAAGGAGGCCUUCCUGCACUACGGGAUCCAUGCCAGGGAAGAGGAUGAUGGAGAUUUGUAGGAAGCAUUAGAACAUGCUGCAUACAUUUCAACCUGCCCUGACGCCUGUCUGUCUGUGUAAAGAGUAUUUUUGACCGGACAACUCCCAGUCCAUCACUGGCAGUACUCCCCUUUUGGGGAAAGUAAUGAUAAAUAACGUUGACCUCAAAUUCACAAAUCUGUGACUUUCCCCCUUGACUGCUGGGUAGAACAACAGGAUUUCUGAAGCCAUAAUUCACAUGUUCUAUUAUUUCAGUAUUUUUUGUAAUAAGCUUGUUACCCCUUUUGCUUGGCCUUGAGCUUCAACUGCUCGUUAGCGCUUGGCUGUCUGAGGGGGGGGGGGUCAUGUUGGAGACACGAAACAUGUCGGUGUUUCAGGGAGGUUCAGAGAUACUGGGAGACUAUAGUAUUUAUUUCUCUUCACGAUGGGUCGUAGUUACUUCUUUGAAGAGCAUCUGGGUUACGUUGCUGGCAGUAGGAUUCCGUUCACAUGUAGUAACAGCUUUUGUCUGGGUGCCAGAAAGUUCAACAGUAAUACAUUUUUUGUCUUUUGAAAAUCAGAUAACACAGUUAGUAUUAAAUACAGAUUGGUACCAAUAGCUACAUUCUCUUAAACCUUCCAACACUUAUGUAACUGAUGUUGAAAUGCUGCUCUAACAGUCCUCCCUGACAAGUGAGAGCUUGCACAAUACACUGCAACACACUUGGCUUGUCAAUGAUAUAAUUACCCUUGUUCACUAGCAGAAAAGGGUGGUCAGGCCAAUGGCUGCACGUGUAAGUGGGCCAGCAGGGAGCUGUGGCUUACUGUUUCUGUGAGUCCAAUCUUAAGUCCAAAGGAUUGCAUUGAUAUCAUCUGAGGUACCAGGCUUUUACUUGCUAAAGUGAAAGCCUGGCGUCCUGUUGUGGUUAUACAGUAUGGUUUUAAUGCCAGGCUUAUGUCUUAGCAAGAAGCAGUCAUGGACAAUCAUAAGCCAUGGAUCUGUCUGAAACUGCUGUAACAAGACAUUAAACAACAUAUCCUGUUGGACAGUUCUUACUCUGAGAUACAGAGAUUCAGAGGAAGUGAAUCGGUCUAAAGACUACCAGGAACAUUUUAAAUUGUCAAACCAUGUGACUAGUAAUAGUUUUUUAACAGAUACCUGAUUUUACAUCCUCUUCACAAUAAUAAUGAUAGUUGUUUAGAUGCACUCUCUUAUUUGUGAUAUUUAACACCCUUGGUUAAAUACAUGAAAUCUGAUAUGUGAAUCCUGAUACAUGUUGAACAUCAGGUGAAGACAGACAGUUACUGAAUGUCAGUUAAUGUCAUGUAACAUUAGACAACAGAGGUUUUUCACAGUGCUGGCUGCUGUGUCUUUUUGCAUCUGUAGCCUGUAUAAUUUAGUUUCUCUUUUCAAAAAUGAAUACAGGCUGACCUUUUUUUUUUUUCUUAAAAUGUUGAAUUUGGAUUAAUGUAUUUGUUCUCAAUUUAUUUUACGCCUCUACUCAUGUUUAUUAAUGUAUUUAUUACCCACUUCCUAAAACAUGGUAAUUUCCAGUGUUGCUUAUUCAACUUAAUAUUUAUAAUUUAAGUGAAAGCCUACAAAUAAUUUGAUCAGGUGGAAUUUCGGCACACAUACAUUUUAUUUUCAUGACGUUUGUUGUCAUUAUGAUAUCUAAUGCUUUUAGAUGUUUUCUCUUUUUAUAAACUUAAGAGUACUCCACUGAUUUAGCAUUCCUAUAACAUUGUCGGACUCACAAUGGGCAGUCAAAAAAUAACCAUCAUUGCAGCAGAACCAGAGAUAUCGUCUUUCUUAUUCCAUGCAUUCUUCUUCCUUGUCAAAAUCUGGCUCCUACAUUACCCAUAAUGCAACUUCAUCGCAGACAGUUCAGUUGAAGAUUUGGGUGUGUUAUGCUAGUAGCAGAUAAUGUAGAGCUGUUAGCCUCAAGCAGAGAUGAGGAGCGGGCUACAGAGGUCUGGUAAGCUCACGUCUUUCUAACUCCACACCCCCAGAUUUUAUUUCUUCAUUUUCAGACUUGUAGUCUUCAGCCCCAACUGAUGCCAACUCAAUCACUUGAAGCAAUUAAUCAGACUCUGCUCAGCUCCCUCUGGAUCCACAAAAGGCUUUACACAACUUUUUAUGUAGUAGUACUCCCCAAGACCUGUAAACAGACGUGGAUGUGUAAAAUUGGUGGAGUUCCCCUUUAACAAAAGUUUAAUUCGUCAUUUAAAUGUAGACCUAUUCAUCAACACUUAUAUCGUGGUCCCAUUAGUUUUAACCCAUAAGUGCAUUCACUAUGGUUUUGGGAGUUCUUUACAGCAAAGUAGCAGUCUAUAAGAAACAUGUAAUCAAGAUUGUGUGUAUAUAAGAUAUUGUUUAUAUUUCUUGCAGUAAAUUAUUUGUAAAUUGGAGAAAAGGCUUAUAUUAUGUUGCCCUGUUUGUGUCUAACAUUGCGUUCCAUAUAUUAUGUUUACAUGAUCAGUGCAACUGAAACGUAAUCCUCAGGGUUGGCGAAAUCACUGCCUUCACCUUCAUUUGUCAUGACUUUAACCAUUAAUGCCUUAUUAACAAAAAGUGCAGUUAUAAAACUAGAAUAAUAGGAUAUUGGCAUGACUGUGGCAGAAACAAGUUCCUUGGGGUCAUAGUGGGCUGCCUGUAAUGCAGCUUUUCACAGUAAGUGUAAUAAUAAUGUGACCUCACGUUAGUACUUCAAGCAUUACUUUUAUCAACUGUGCAUGACUGACUUUUCCAGGGGUUUUAGUAAUUUGUGUACUUAACAUGUGAAUUACCUUGUUGAAUUGUUAAACUAAGCAGUAAUUAUACUCAGCAACAUCUACUUUUUUGAUAAUUGUUUAAUCACAAACUUGCAGUUUCACAGAUAGUCAAAGCACAUGAAAAAUCCAUAAUGUUAUGUUUCAAAGAAAUCUAACACUAUGCACAGUAUAACAUAAUAUAACAACAAUUCAACAGAUUUAUGUUUCAUAUUAUAGUCUCCUUGUUAGAUGUGAACAUCGAUGGUGGUAAUUAUUUCGGGUUUUUUCUCGUGGUAAUUAUUUCGGGUUUUUUCUCAUGAAAUUUACAUUUGAUUUUCUGAUGAAUCAAAGGGAUUCAUGUGAAUUUGAAAAUCUGUCUUCUUGCAUAAUAAGUACUUGUUAUUCAUUCAUGUCAUGCCAACCCUCAGUGUUUACUUCUGAAAUAAACACACUAAUAUAUAUAUAUAUAUAUAUAUAUAUAUAUUAUGAAUAAAUUUUAAAAAAAGCCUCUUUUUUUCUCCUUUGAUGCUGCUGUAUACUGACCUUAGUUUCCCCUUUACAUAACAUGGCACACAUUAGCAGGCUUUUUUUGUUUGAAAUCCAUCACCAGUGAUGACCAGCUGCUUCAUGUUUGUCAUUUUGCUGUGAUUACAUUAUCUGACUGUAGUGUGUUUUAAAACUGUGUAAAUGUUUAAAAAGCA